AUGCAAUUGGUAUCUGAUUUUGUGAACAUAAAGUACCUAUAUGAAAAGGUACAUAUAAAUAAGAUUAUUACAAAAAAUUAUAAAGAAAUAAUAAAAAAAAAUGAAAUUCCAACAUUUGAAGAUGAGAUAAGAACCUUUACAAGUAUUAGAAACUGUAUUUUAACAGAACAAUAUAAAGGAGCAAAUGAUAAAUUGUUAAGAUUAUAUAAAGAAUAUUUAUUUUAUUUUGAUAUAUUUAAAAAAAAAAAAUUAUUAAAAGACAAUAAUAUAUUAAAUAGUAAUAAUAUAUAUGAAAAAAAUAAAAAAGUAGAAUAUGUAUUUGAACAAGAAAAUAUAAUAAUAUUAUUUAAUAUAUGUAUGUUAAAAUGUAGCUUAAUAAAAUAUCAUAAAAAUUCAAAUGACAUGAAAUUGUUAAAUAAAAUAUCUAAUAAAAUAGUAGAUAUAUUUAAUUAUUUAUUUGAAAAUAUGAAUAAUGAUAAUUUAACAGAAUUAUCAGAUAUUAAUUGUGCUAGUACUUAUAUAUUUUUAUGUAUGUCAUUAGCAUACCAUGAAAAUAUGUUUUAUAACACUGCUAUAUUAAAAAAGUGUAAAAGAAAUUUAUUAUCAAAAUUAAGUUAUAAUAUAUAUACUUAUUUUAAUAAUGCAUUAUAUUGUUUAGAUGGUAAAAUGCCAGAUGUGUUUAAGAAUGCAACCAAAUUUUCAACUGCCAAAGGUAAUAUACAUUAUAUAAGAAAUAUAAAUAAUUCAUUUUAUAAUUUUAUAUUAAUAAAUAAAAUAAUUUUUAUAAGUAUUAGUAAUUAUCAUUGUGCUUUAAAGUAUGCACAACUAAGUCAAGAAAUUGAAGAUAUAAAAAUUCAAAAAUAUGAAGAAGACAAAAUUGGAGAAAUUAUAUGUAGGUUAAAAUAUAGUUUAGAUAAUGUAAAUAAUGGAAUUGAGAUUUGUAAAAAAAAUAAUUUUCAUAUGAAUUUUUCAGAAUUAAAAGAAAAAAUUAUUAAAUCAUUAAAUUUUUUUGAACAUGAAAAUAAAAAUAUAUAUUUUGAAGUUAUACCAACAUAUGAUAAUUUAGAUAAAUUAAAAGGAACGGAAGUUGUAAAAGUUAAAAAUAUAGAUAUAUCAGAAAUUUAUAUAAAAAAAAAUAUUUCUAAUGAUUUAAAAUUAUUAUUUAAUAAACAAGCUCAGAAUAUUUACUAUCAAUAUAAUGGAGAAUUAACACAAUUAUAUAAUUUAUUUGAAAAAAAUUUUAUUGUUUUAAAUGACCAAUUUAAAAUAAUGAAUAUAUCGAAUAGAAAAAACAUAAUAUCAUCUCUUAACAAUGCAAUUAUAAAUACAUAUAACAAAAUCAAAGAUUAUUAUAAACCAGCUAUUUAUUAUAAUAAUUUAAAUGCCUUAAAUAAUGUAGAAACACAUUUACAAGAUAUAAUAAUUCAAAUUGAAGCAAAUUUAAAUACAGAAUAUAAAAAUAAUUUUGAGUUUCAAAAAAAAUUUAUUAACGUUGGAAUAAAUCAAGAAUCUAUUAAUUCAUAUAAUUCAUUUUUACAACAUGUAACUAAUUUUAAAAAUUCUUUAGAACAACUUCGAAAAAAUAUAGAUACUUUUAAAAUAUUUUUGGAAAAUAACCAUGAAAACUUUCAAAUAUGUGAAAUGGAAAUAUCUGUAUUUUAUAAAUAUAUAAUAGAUAAUCUCAACCUAUGCACUAAUGUAAACAUUGAAUCAUUAGACAGCAUCUAUUUGUAUUACCAAUCAAUAUUAUCAGAAGAAAACGAACAAAAUGAAUUCCCAAAAAAGGAAAGCGAAAAAAAGGAAAGCGAACAGAAUGAAUUUCCAAAAAAAGAAAGCGAACAGAAUGAACUUGUUUAUUCUUCUUCUAACAACACUGAAAAAUAUAAUAUUGAAAAAAAAAGUCAAUAUAAUAAUUUACCAUCAUUAGUAUAUAGUGAUUUCCAAAGCUUUUUAAAAGAAAAUAAUAUAAUUAUUAACAUAAAUAAAAAUUUAGAUAAAAAUAAUUUAUUUCAUUAUGAUAAAUUAAAUAACUAUAUCAAUGUUCAUUCAGAAUAUAAAUUAUUUUUUGUUCUCGUAUCAAUAUAUUUUUCCUUAAGCAUACAAUUAAAAAAAUUUUCGUAUCAUUUACACGAUUUGAAACAUAGCAUUAAAGAUGAAUUUUUGAAUUCUAUAACGGAGGAAAAAGAUAAUGACAAAUUGAAUGAACUGUUGGAAAAGGAAAGGGAGACAUUGGCUAUCAAAAAAGAAAAGCUCGAAGAAAUUGUAUCAUCAUUUGAAAGGGAUCUUAACAAGUUUUAUGAUUAUUUUCAUGAAUAUAGCAAACUUGACAAUUUCAAAACGAUUGAUAAUUUUAACAUAUUUUUAAAAGAAUUAAUGGAGAACUGCAAAAAACUAAACACAACACAUGAGCGACAUUCGCAUACUUUGAAAAAUUCGCUCAUGCUAAAAGAUGAUGUAAACAAGUAUAUAUACAUGCGCGAAAGCGAGCGUUCAAAUAUAAGGAUACAGCAAAUACCCAAAAAUAACCAUAAGCCCUUUUAA